AGAAAAGUCCUACAUUUAUUGUCUUGAUUCACUAAACAUUCUACUAAUGCUAUCUCCAUCACAUUGACCAUCUUUAACAAACUUUUUUCCUUUUUUUAAUUUAGUUAUUGAGAGGAAUUAAUAAUUGCCCUUUUUAUUUAUCUUGGAAGUUCCUUCCAUGAAGCUUCUUACAAUCACACAACAGUUCCAAUUUCGAUCUCUUUUUAUAAGGGUGAUACUUGGACCAUAAUUAGUUAAUUACUAUCUCAAGUUCAUUCAUUAAUUUCCUCAAAACCUUUAAGGUACUUUUAUCUCUCAUUUCCAAAUUUCAAUCAAAGCUUGCUGCUAUCUUUGAUUUGUGUUCAUUUAUCCCUUAAUUUCUUGUUUUUUGAUUGAAUUUAGCAAUUUUGUUGGUGGAUUUAGGGUGUCUUUUGUAAUACCCACCACCUGUUUGAUCUUUUGCUUGUGUGAGAAACCACAAAAACCAAUCAUGAAUUCUGUACUUGUUGAUUCUGAUUUCCUGAACAGUUCUGUCUUCAAAUUCAAUACAGAAAUGUUUUCAAACUAUCUAAAGAACCCAGCUUUUGGAGAUUUCUUUCAGACCCCUGAAUUUGUUGAUUAUGAAACCCUUCAUUUUGAAGAAAAUGAGAGCAAAAUCAGUUUAGAAGCACCUGAUUUGAUCAAUUUGGAUACACUUUCACUAGAUCAAAAUGAGAGCAACAAUAGUUGUUUAGAAGUACCUGAUUUUCCUGAUGAUUGUCUCAAGUUCAUCAGUGAUAUUCUUUCGGAAGAAAAUUUGGAUGAGAAUCCUGCCUCUGCACAAGAGUACAGGGCUCUCCAAGCCACUGAGAAAUCAUUGUAUGAUGUUCUUGGGGAGUCAUACCCUUACCCAUACCAACACCCACCUUCACUUCCAAAUCGAAACAUGAAAUCCCCAGAUGAGAGUUUUAGCCCUUUUGAGUCCAAUUUGGAUCACAACCAACUUCAAAUAGACCCAGUUAAUGUGGAUGAAUUUGUUCAUUCCUUCUUGGAAUUGAAUCCCCAAUCCUCUGGCUUAGGCUCUGAGGAUGGGGAGGAUGGGGUAGUGAAUGAUGCUGUUAGUGAUAUCUCAAAUAAGCCCUUACCGACUGCUCCCAAGAAAGAGGAGAAGCCGGUUAGGGUCCCAAGGAGGAAGAAAAGUCGUCAGAGGGAUGAUGUUGAUCAAGGAGGAAGGAGUAACAAACUUCAAGCAGCUAGUAGUGAAGAUUAUGCUGAGAUGGAGCAGUAUGAUGAUGUGUUGCUUUGUAGUGAAAACAAUGAGGAUGCCUCUUUUAGUCCAAAAGAAUGUUUAGCGGAUAAGUCAAGUGAGAAAUUGUCGAAGAUAAGUGGUCAUGGAAAUAAAGGAGCUCGUGGGAAGAAGCAGAACAUCAAGGUAGAUGAAGUUGAUUUAAGGAAUCUUCUGAUUCAAUGUGCUCAAGCAGUUUCAAGCUUUGAUCUUAGGACGGCUAAUGAGCUGCUUAAGCAAAUUAGACAGUAUUCCUCUCCAUAUGGUGAUAGCACUCAAAGGCUUGCCCAUCAUGUUGCUAAUGGUCUAGAGGCGCGUUUAGCUGGCACUGGUUCGACAGUCUCUACCAAUAUCUCUGAUAUGAAAAUCUCAUCAUCCGAUUUCUUAAAAGCCUACAAACUUUAUGUUUCAGCCAUUCCUUUCAAAAGGAUGUCAUUUUUUCUUGCUAACAAUACCAUUUUCAAGUUGGCUGAGAAAGCAACCAAAAUCCAUAUCAUUGAUUUUGGGGUAUUCUUGGGUUUACAGUGGCCCUGCCUCAUACAAGCUCUCUCAAAAAGACCAAAUGGUCCACCUGAGCUUCGUAUCACAGGAAUAGACUUUCCUCAACAGGGAUUUCGACCAGCUGAAAGGGUUAAUGCUACAGGGCGCCGGUUAGCAGGUUACUGUGAGAGAUUUGGUGUUCCCUUCAAGUAUGCAGGCAUAGCUGAGAAGUGGGAAAAUAUACAGCUGGAAGACCUGAAGAUUGAGAGUGAUGAAAUGGUGAUCGUUAACUGUAUGUUCAGGUCUGGAACACUGUUGGAUGAGACAGUUGAACCAAAAAGUCCCAAGGAUGCUUUGUUAAGGUUGAUAAAAAAUUUGAAUCCAGAGAUUUUCAUCCAUGGAAUAGUGAAUGGUACAUUCACUGCUCCAUUCUUUAUCAACCGUUUUAAGGAGGCACUCUUUCACUAUUCUUCUGCAUUUGAGGUGUUUGAUGCAACUUUACCUCGUCAGUCACAUGAAAGACUGCUGAUGGAGAGUGAGUUGUGUGGGAAAGAAGUGAUUAAUGUUGUAGCAUGCGAGGGCGUGGAGAGAGUACAAAGGCCUGAAACAUACAAGCAGUGGCAGGUGCGUGCAUCAAGGGCAGGAUUAAGGCAGCUACCAUUAGACAGGGAGUUUAUGAGUAAAACAAAGGCCAUGGUUAAGGCAAAUUACCAUGAGGAUUUUCUUGUGGAUGAAGAUAGGCAUUGUAUGCUUCAAGGUUGGAAAGGAAGAAUCUUUUGUGCCCUUUCCUUUUGGAAACCCUCCUGAUAACUAUCCUCAAAACAUACAACAAUGGUAGGUUUCAAGCAAGUGCUCACCAUUUGACUCGAAUAAAUCAGUAAGAGCAAGGUGUCACGAUCUGUCUAUACAUGCUCAGUCACUGAUGUAGAUCUCCUUACUUCCAGAUCUAGUUGGAAGCUAAGUUAUGAGAUAUCUCGUGUAAUCUUAUUCUAGGAUAGUAUUGUAGAUGACUUAAAGCUAUGUAUUAUUAAAGCUAGGGAGGAUUUCUUGUAUGUUGUUUUCCAGAAAAUUUACAGUGAAGCUUUGUUUUGCUUCUUGUUAAAUGAUUUAUGAUGGCAAAAUGUGUACUGGUACACAUUUUUCA